GAGUAUAUUUUACAUACUAUUAAUAAUAGACAAUUAUUAUAUUUUGAUUUAUUCUAUGUGCAAUUGUCAUAUAGUUGACGUAAUGAGUCAACGUUUACAUUACGUCAUGUCACAUGAUGAAGUCACGUGUCAUCCAGGAAGCUGUGUUGUGUUUUCUACUCUGCCUCCGCCUGUCUGUACACCGCGAUGCGAUGUAUUCAUUAUGUAUCAAUGUGAACCGAAAAAUAGAAAUGAUAAAAAAUGAUCACCGUCCUGGCGAAGUUAUUGCGGUAAUAUCGAGUUCUUUGUCUCCCGUGUGACCGCCCGAAGAGCAUCAUGGCAUCACCGAGGUGCACUCAGGAGCUUUCCACAGAGAAUGACAGGCUACUCUCUUCCAAGGGUCUUAGCUAUGGGUCGCGGAACCUUCUUGAGGAUGGACAAAUGAGCUCUGAUUUGCACCAGCAUCACGAUGAAGAGGAGGAAGAAGCCCUGAGGAGGAAGCUUAAAUAUUUCUUCAUGAGCCCUUGUGAUAAAUAUCAUGCCAAGGGACGCAAACCAUUCAAGCUAGGACUGCAGCUGCUCAAAAUCAUCAUUGUUACAGUGCAGUUGGUGCUGUUUGGGCUAAGCAACCAGAUGGUUGUGACCUUUAAAGAAGAAAACACAGCCACAUUCAAACAUCUCUUCCUGAAGAAUUACCAGGACAACACUCCACAGGCUGUUCACACGCAGAAAGAACUGCAGAGCCACAUCACCUUUGCCAUUGAGCAGUAUCUAGCUCUGCCUCAGAUCUCACUGGGACAGUACGCUUAUGUACAAGGUGUCGGCUUCAAUGGAAGUGCACUCUCGCUCUGCCAGAGGUAUUACAGGAGGGGCGCCAUCGUCCCAGUCAAUGACACUUUUGACAUCGAUCCUCAUGUUAUCACCGACUGCAUCGGAAUCGAUCCGCCGGCUUUUGGUUUUGCCCCUGGAAAAAGUGACUACAGAAACUUCACUCUCAAUUUUUACAAGCUGAUCAAUGUCACGGUCGACUUCCGGCUGAAGGCUAUCAACAUACAGACCAUCAUAAACAAUGAAAUACCAAACUGCUACACCUUUGCGAUCACGAUCCUCAUGGAUAACCGAGCUCACAGUGGCAAAGUUAAGAUCAGUUUACAGAACCGAGCCUCCAUAAAGGAAUGCAAGGAUCCUAAUGUUUCCGGACAUGCGGAGAACUACGCCCGAGUGUUCUUCGAUGUGUUGGUCGCUCUCGUUUGUCUGCUUUCUCUGUUGCUGUGUGGACGCUCCAUCCUCAGAGGUGUUCUUCUGCAGCACGAAUACGCACAGUUUUUCCAGACCAGACUCGACCGUGGUGUGAGCUGCGGAGACCGAAUGGAGUUCAUCAACGGCUGGUAUAUUCUCCUCAUUGUCAGUGACAUGUUUACAAUCAUCGGCAGCUUCAUCAAAAUUGGAAUCGAAUCCAAGAAUUUGUCAUCAUAUGACUCGUGCGCAAUCCUGCUGGGAACGUCCACGCUUUUAGUGUGGGUGGGAGUCAUCCGCUAUCUCAGCUUCUUUCAAAAAUACAACAUCUUGAUUGUGACGCUCAGAGCGGCAUUCCCCAAUGUCAUCCGCUUCUGUUGCUGUGCAGCCGCUAUAUAUUUGGGAUACUGCUUCUGCGGAUGGAUCGUCCUGGGACCGUAUCAUACCAAGUUCCGCUCCCUGCCCAUGGUAUCCGAGUGCCUCUUUUCCCUCAUCAACGGCGACGACAUGUUUGUGACGUUCGCCGAGAUGGAGCAAACCGGCACGCUGGUGUGGAUCUUCAGCCAGGUCUACCUUUACACCUUCAUCUCCCUCUUCAUCUACAUGGUGCUGUCACUCUUCAUCGCGCUCAUCACCGGAGCCUACGACACUAUUAUGGCCCAAACGCAAGAGCAGGUUCGCAUCACUGAUCUUCAGGCAUUCAUCGCUGAGUGCACCGACACACCUUGCUCCGGCAAGUUCCGAGGUCCUGAGGGGUCGUCGUGCUCUUUUUUCUGCUGCUGUGAUUGGUGA